AUGGCCACCUCGCUGCACGCCAUCGCAACCGCGCUCUUCUACUACCUGCUGGGAGGCUUGACAUUUCUGCCGCUCUGCGCCAUCAUCCUCCUGCUGCACUUUACCUUUACAGCUCCCGUGCACAACGUUAAUGAUCAGCAACAGCAACAGCAACAGCAACAGCAACAGCAACAGCAACAACCAUGCAGCGACAUUGCACACUCGCUCGCAGAUCCAUCUACAGGUGCGUUGCAUGCUGACCAGAAGCGCGCAGCUCUUGCGCUGGCCAAGGACAAUCACGCCAGGCAAAGGCAUGCCAUCGAUGCAGCUCAUGCUCAUGCUCAUGCUCAUGCUGCCGGCCAACAUCACACGCGCACGCCAGAGGAUGCAUAUGGCAUUGCUGCGCCAGACGGGUCGGGGGCUACGACGACUGGUGUGCCUUCAUCAGCCAAGCGAUUGGGUCCAUGGCCCGUAGCUCAUGCCAAACCUUUUAGGAACGGGUGGAUCGUGGUGAGGCGCAAAUUCGAGGGUCAAGCUGCAAGCGCUCUGCUGGCCAGUCAAGGCGCUUCCAAUCAAGCAGCCGCGGCCAAUGCUGCAAAGAAGGAUGGGCAUGGGCAUGGGCGAGCGGGUGAUCAGAGCAAGCUGGCAUCGGGUGCAGGUGCAGGUGCGGGUGAGGGUGCGGGUGCAGGUGCGGGUGGACAUGGUCAGCAACAGCAGCAGCAGCCCGCAUCUUCUUCGGGCUACAUGAGCGCAAUGUACAGGGGCGUCAUCAAUUACAAGCAGCACAGGGCUGCAAGAUCAUCUCAUGCUGCAGCACGUCUCGAUAGCGCCUCUUCAAGUUCAGCAACGGCGUCCGCAUCCAACUCGCGCGAUGCUUCUCCAUCAGCCAGCACCACCACUGCCACUCGCGACUCGCGCAACCCAACAUCCCAAGCAGCGGCAGCAGCAGCAGCAGCAGCAGCAGCAGGCAAUGCCGCCAAUCGCGAAUCCUUUCACGCCAUCCUCAAAGGUCCCGUCCUCUACCUCUACUCUUCCAGCGAUCCAUCCGCACCAGACACGGAAUGCCAUGCGGCCAUCGAUCUGCGUGGCAAGCGCGUCAGCUUGUACGUCGCUCAUGCAGGCGAUACGGCAGGAGAGCCGCAAGAAAUCUUUGACAAUCUAAAGCAAGAGGAGAAAUUGGGAGUGGUCAAGGCGGAACUAGAUGGCGCUCAUGUCGCUGCUGCUGCUGCUGCUGCUGCAGGUCUGCCUACUACAGCAAGCAGCUCGACGACGGUGACGGAUGAUGAGGAUAUCGAGGCGAUCAGCGAGAGCGUCAGAGCGCGGGCCAGGUCGAAUUGGAACAGGGCCAGAAGAGCUGCUGUGAGGGAUGGGGAGCUAUUCACCAAGCGCAAUGCGGUCAGGAUCGUCGCCAUGCCAUCGUCAUCUGCGCGUGCAGAUGCGUCAUCGGCACAAUACUCAUUUUCAGCAGCAUCAUCAUCAUCAUCAUCGCAAGACGUCGCUUCGAGUCUUGGAGGCCGCUCCAUGUCACUCGCGCAAUGGUUCAUCUUUGCCCGAUCUGCUAGCGCUUUGGAAGAUUGGUACCACGCACUGCUGCACGCCUCCAUGAUCCCAUCGGAUGUGACCGCCGCCGCAAGGCACAUCAACAACGCCUCGAGCAUCGACGGCUUGGCGUCAGACGCGCUCUCCGACGUCUUUUCCCCGCUAGACAUGGUGCGGCUCUUGUCCAAUCUGGACAGUAUCCCCGAUCCCAUCCCACUGCGCUGGCUGAACGCUCUGCUCGGAAGGAUUUUCUUCAGCAUCUACAAGACCAAAUGGUUGGAGGAGUACAUUACGAGAAAAAUCAUGAAAAAGGUGUCGAGAGUCAAGACGCCGGGCUACUUGGGAGAGGUCAAGGUGAGGAGCGUAGAAGUGGGCAGCAAUCCGCCUGCAUUUAGCAGACCGAUGCUCAGGAGCUUGACGGGCGAGGGCGAAGCUUCGAUGGAGGUGAGUAGGAGCAGAAAAGGAGAAGAGCGGGCCACCGUUGUGGCUUGAUGAGUGAACUUCGAUGCAUCCACCCUCCCUUUUUCAACCCGCGACAGGUCUCGGUGCAUUACACUGGCUCCAUUCGUCUCACCAUCAGCACCUCUCUCACGCUAUCCCUCGGCUCGCGCUUCAAACCCUACACCAUCAACCUCUUGCUCGCAGUCAUCAUCAAUAGUCUGACGGGAAAUUUGCUGCUGCAGAUCAAACCUCCUCCGAGCAACAGGAUAUGGUUUGGCUUCACAAAGUUGCCAGAGAUGGACAUCGAUGUGGAACCGGUCGUGAGCGAGCGCAAAGUACAAUGGGGAAUGGUCAGGAGAUUGAUUGAAGGCAGAAUCAGAGAAUUGGUGAGCUCUCACACGUGCGGCUGCCAGCUCACACAGUUUGGCUGGCACAUCGCGCGUCGCAGCAGCACGCCUGUCUUGACCGUUUUGCUUUCCCUUUUGUGCUAGAUUACCGAGAGCCUCGUGUUGCCCAACAUGGACGACAUUCCGUUCUUUGACACGAGGGCGUACGAACAUCGAGGAGGCAUCUGGUCCGAAGCGGGCAAAUGCGCAUCGAGCGAAUCAGACGUGGGCACGACCACUCAGGGUGCAGCCUCGGGCAUGGAGAGCAAAAAGGGGCGAGCAAGUCAGCUUGGUGCGCCUGCUGCGGAGAGGAGGGGAAGCGCACCAGCUGCAGUCGAGCCAUCUACCGAGUCUAGACUGAGCGCGCACUGCACUUCUAUGGCUGCUGAACCUCAGCUCAUCGACUAUGGAAGCUCGAAUCUGAGAAACAGAAAGGGCGCGCCGAGCUCGCAGAGCAUCUUGUCAGCUGCUGGUACUUCGCCUUCCAGCCCUGCGAUUGCGGGCCUGAGCAGCUUGCUCGCCAAAGAUCAGGCUGCUUCGGCCGCCGCUGCAGCUGCAGCUGCCGCGGGCAUCAACACUCCUACGAGCACGCCCGACGAAACGAGCGGAAUAGAAGUGAGCGGCGCGAGACCGGCUUCGGUGCGAUCCGUGCCUUCUGCUAUUUCCACGCCCUCCAAAAGAAGAUCCUGGUUCGCGCCUUCCCGUUUUGGAGUAGGUAGUGCUGUCGGAGGACUAGAUGGCACCUCAUCCAGUGCGAGCGUCAUCAGCUCUACAGAUGGCGGUAGCAGUGUGCCGAGCCAAAGCAGCAGCAUUCCUCCAGGCCUGCAAAGGCUGGCAGGCUCCAAAGGACCCAAGAGCAGCCUGGCUUGGGGAAACGCUAGCCUGGCGAAUGCCCCUUCGAAGGACACACUGAGCGCACGUGCGAACGAGCCAUCGCUUAGAGAGGAGGAGGAUGCGGAGCUUCCGCUCUCUGCUUCACUGGAAUCGCAGACUUUGAGCGCCAAGUCUCGGGCUGCGCUACCUGAUGCUGUCCCCUUCAAGCCUACGCACGGCCAGAAUCAAGACAGUAUCAGUUCCGAGCUGUCGGACGCUUCGGCCGCGAGCGGCAUCAGCGCUACGACAGAAGAUCUGCAAUCUUUUGCUGCGGAUAUGCCUAGCCAGGAUGAGGACAAUGGGCUAGUGGAAGCGCUUCCAGCGUUACAUCCAGCGGACCAAGUCUCCCCAAGCUCUGGCUCUGCUCUUUCGCUGAACACCGCUUCGUCUUGCAUACCGCCUGCGGUCCAAGUCACCUCACCGCGCGACGACCACGAUCCGCCCGAGACGCCGCGCGGAAUAGCGUCCUCUACGGCAUCAGAUCUGACAAAGACGGACGUGGCUGAAGGAGACGAGCUAUCCAAGCUGGCACCGAGCUUCGCACCCGUAGUAAGCAGCUCGCCCGCUGCUUCGCCGCAGAACUCGGAACCUGCUUCUCCGACCCUGUCCGACGAUCGGCGUCCAUCUUUGAGCCCGGUUGCCGUGCCGGAAGCCCCACCGGCGCGCGUGGAUCGCAGCAUGUAUGGUUUUGCUCCUCCGCCGAGGAGGGCACCGCCGAGCCUCAGCACGACAGAUGUGCCUGCUAGCACUUCGCCAUCCGGUUCGAGCGUUCUGAGCGCCGGGACAGGCCUGAGCGCAUUUCAUCGUGACAGGUACAAUACGACGAUUGCGAUGAGGGACGAUGCUUCGGUUCGGUCUGCCGCUUCCACCUCUUCUUCAUCUGCCACUAGCGCCUCUCCAGCAGGCGCUGGCGGCAACAUGACCGCUUCUGCGCUCUUCAACAAGGCGAAAGCUAGUAUGGCGGACAAGGAGUCUAGACAGGCCGCUGCCAAGGAGGCCAAAGAUGCGAUCAAGAGGGGCUGGUCCAAUUGGAACAGCAAGAGGGCGGAAGCUGCUGCUCAAAGCAGGAGCGGCAAUACCAGUCCUGCACCACUAGUACGGUCUGAGAUUGCCGGUCCUGCCCAGUCCGGCUCAGGUCUCACCAGCACCCCGGCCGAUUGGGUAUCGGGAGGAACACCUGACCUUCCUGGUGCUGGUUUCGAUGCGCGAGGAUCACCAGCAGGGUUCGCACAGCCAUCUUUCGAAGGGAGCUCAUCUGCCGCCAUGAUUCGGACGGGCUCCUCGAGCUCAUCCGUGGCGUCUACGUCUACCGGAGGUGGAGCUGGUGAAAAGAGGUCGUACAGGGAUCACAGAGAAGCUAGGAGCAGAGCUAAAGAUUCAGCUUCUCCGAACGUCAGUGGUAGGAGCACGCCUGUUGGGAAUAGCUCGGCUGAACGCGAGCGAGAAAGGGUGCGCGUUGCGAAAGCUAUUGCUGGGGGGCAGGUUGUCGAUGUGCAGCGCACCUCUGAUCAGGUUUCUGAUGGCAAGAUAGCUGCUUUGAGCGGCAACGGGGAGCCGAAGAGGAGCGACGUUGUAUCGCCAGCGGCCACAAUAGCAGAGGGUAGGAGCGAUGCAAGCGAUGCAAGCGAUAAUCCAGCGACCAGCAUUAUGCAGCAAACUUUGCCAGCGCCAGCGCCAGCGCCCAUCUCACCCUCGUCAUCACCGGCACAAGCUGCGCGCCCUUCGCUGUCCUCCCAGUCUCGGAACCCUGUCUCUGACAAGACCGAGGAGCGCAGGUCUUCGGCGCACUCUCAUACUGGACAACUAGGCUCUGCCGAGCCGAGUGGUGCAGCCAGAUCGACGAGCGGGGGCGCAAGCGGGAGCGGCAUCAAGACGCAACCUACCCGCUCGUCCAUGAUGGUGGUGCCGGGCAUACAUUCGGCUCAUCGCAUGGAACCGCAAUCGUUCUCUGCGCCUGCGCCGUCGCCGUCGCUGCCUGAGCUUGGCAGCGCGGAUGGUGGUGUUGCUAGUGCCAAUGUCAACGGAUCGAUGAUAUCGAACAGCAGCAGUCCCAAGAUGGGCAUGAGAUUGAACCUGUUUAGAAGUCCCUUUGCUGCCACCACCACCACCACCACCAGCAGCAGCGCUUCGGCCAGCGCUUCGCCUGCUCUGUCAGAGCGGCGCCUGUCCACGCCUCUUCAGGCGCCCAGCGUCGGCGUGGGAGAGACGCCAGCGAGCGUUGCAAGUGUAG